CAAGACUUAUAUUUCUCUUCUUCUCUUCUCUUCUUCUUUCUUGCACUGUCCACUGUGUCCAGCUCCCAUUCUGUUAUCGUCUCCUUGAUUAUUAAACCCCCAUUCUCCUCUUGCUCCGCUCGGUCGAACCAUGGUCCUCAUCGAUAAGCAUGAAUACCUAACCAAAGAGGAAAAGCGCUUGAAAGAAGAUCGCGAACGUACCAGAUAUUGGAAGCGCUGGGGGCCCUAUGUUGCAGAGAGACAAUGGGCAACUGUUCGAGAGGAUUAUUCCGAGAAUGGAGAUGCCUGGAGUUACUUCUCGCAUGAUCAUGCACGAUCCAGGGUCUUUCGCUGGGGCGAAGAUGGUAUUGCUGGUGUCUCAGACACGCAUUCCCUUCAGAACAUAGCAUUUGCUUUUUGGAACGAGAAAGAUGACUUUCUCAAGGAGCGUCUGUUUGGACUCUCCAAUCCUCAAGGAAACCAUGGAGAGAGCAUUAAAGAGGCACAUUUUCACCUUGACAAUACACCUUCGCACUCGUACAUGAAAUAUCUUUACAAGUAUCCUCAGAGGAAAUUCCCCUAUGAGGAUCUUGUGGAGGAAAAUGCCAGACGUGGGAGGAAAGAUCGCGAAUACCAGAUCCUAGACACUGGUGUAUUCGACGACAACCGGUACUGGGACAUCUUUAUUGAAACCGCCAAAGAGGAUGAUGACGAGGAGGAAUUACUAUUCCGAGUCAUUGCUUAUAAUCGGGGACCCGAACCGGCUCCUCUGCAUAUCAUCCCUCAUGUGUGGUUCAGGAACACCUGGGCCUGGGGUUAUGACACACCUGGCAAGCCAUCCAUCGAAAAAGUUGGUCCUCUUACUGCCAAAUCGAAGCACUGGAAGAUAGGUGAUAGGUAUGUGCAACUCUCGCCUUCGCCGGCUGUCGGUACAAGUGAGGAGGAUAUCUUACCCCGAAUGUUGUUCACGGAAAACGAGUCGAACAAUGAAGUCCUCUGGGGCACGAAGAACCCACAACCGUACGUAAAGGAUGCGUUUCAUCGCUUCAUUGUUGACGAAGAGAAAGACGCCGUCAACCCGCAAAACCAGGGCACAAAAUUCGCUGCCUGGUAUGCAUUUGACGAGGGCGAUGGCGUUCCUCCAGGCGAAUGCGCUGUUGUUCGCUUCAGGCUGUCCCGGAAACCAAACCAAUACGUCGAUGAAGAGUUGCUUGAUAAUAUAAUCGAACAGCGCAAAGCCGACGCAGAUGAUUUCUAUUAUCGCAUUAACCCCCUUCCAGUGAGUGAUGACCUGAGGAACAUUCAGAGACAGGCAUUUGCCGGUAUGUUGUGGACAAAACAAUUCUACCAUUUUGUCUGGGACCAAUGGGCGAACGGUGAUCCUGCCACCAUCCCUCCACCCCCGGGGAGAAAGGACGUCCGCAACCAGCAUUGGCGACAUCUGUAUAUUGACGAUGUGUUGUCAAUGCCGGACGCUUGGGAAUACCCUUUCUUUGCUGCAUGGGAUACUGCAUUCCAUUGCAUCCCUCUGGCCAUGAUUGACCCUGAUUUCGCGAAGAAACAAUUGGACAUUCUCACGAGGGAAUGGUACAUGCAUCCCAACGGACAGCUCCCGGCCUAUGAAUGGAAUUUCAGCGAUGUCAACCCGCCCGUGCACGCCUGGGCUGUGUUCAGGACAUUUAAGAUCGAGCGGAAGAUGUACGGCCGACAAGACCUCGACUUCCUGGAACGUGUCUUCCAGAAACUAUUGCUGAAUUUCACGUGGUGGGUUAAUCGGAAGGAUUUGUACGGCAAGAAUGUUUUCGAAGGGGGUUUCCUCGGGUUGGAUAAUAUUGGAUUGUUUAAUCGGUCUGAACCGCUUCCCACAGGAGGAGUUUUGGAGCAGGCCGACAGCACUGGGUGGAUGGCUUUUUACUGCAUCAGCAUGCUUAAUAUUGCCCUUGAAUUGGCUAAGUAUCGACGAACAUACGAAGACAUUGCGUCGAAAUUCUUUGAGCAUUUUAUCCUUAUUAGCGAUGCGAUGACUUUCAGAGAGGGAGACAUAGAGAAAUCUCUCUGGAAUGAAGAAGAUGGUUUCUACUACGAUGCAAUCUCCUACGGCGGCCCCUGGAUCCAGCAACUUCCAGUCAGAUCCCUGGUCGGCUUGAUCCCUCUCUACGCUGUACUCACGCUGGAGCCGGAACUGAUCAACCGAUUUCCUUCAUUCAAGCGGCGUAUGGAUUGGUUCAUCGAGAACAAACAAGACGUGGCGGAGCGUAACAUUGCCAGCAUGAAACGGCGCGGGAAGGACGACAGACUUCUUCUCGCCCUCGUGAGCAAGGAGCGUCUCGUCAAGAUCCUGAAGAGGAUGCUCGAUGAAACAGAGUUCCUAGCCGACCAUGGUAUCCGCUCCAUGUCUAAGUACCACGACAAACAUCCGUAUUCCAUGGAAGUUAACGGCCAAGUCUUCACGGUGGGCUACGUCCCAGGCGACUCAGAUAGCGGGCUCUUCGGAGGAAACAGUAACUGGCGCGGUCCAAUCUGGCUCUGCGUGAACUUCCUCCUCGUCGAGUCCUUGCUCCGCUUCUACAUGUUCUACGGUGACUCGCUCCAGAUUGAAUGUCCGACUGGCUCGGGGGAUUAUAUGCAUCUAGGAAAUAUUGCGGAGGAAAUCCAACACCGAUUGCAGCAUCUCUUCGCUCGGAAUGACGAAGGUCGCAGAGCAGCUAAUAACGGCGCAGACCUCCUCGAUUUCGACGAACACUGGAAGGAUUACCUCUGGUUUCACGAGUUCUUUGACGGAGACACCGGUCGUGGUCUUGGAGCCUCCCACCAGUGCGGUUGGACCGGCUUGAUUGCCAAAGUUAUUCAUGAUACGGGUCUAAACUGCCGCCUCCCCCAAACCCCCCGAUCCCCAUUCACAGCAGCAGCCCACUACUUCGACGACAUCUUCUCCCGCCCAACAAGACCACAAAGUAUCGGCUCCGAGACGCCCAGAAUCCGCCACUCCUCGACCAGCCGCUCCAUCGGCAAUCGCAGCGACUUCGGUCUGUCGCCUAACGGCGUCGAGGCUGUUCUCGACGAAGACGAGCAGUACAGCCGACGAGGGUUUGGUGAUGCUGCGUCUGAAUUUGCCGAUGAGCAUGUUAACCAUUAUAUUGAAAGUCAGGUGCAGCGCGUUAGACGGCAGGGGUCUAUUGGGGCUUAUGAGGAUGAGUUUAAGGCGGAGCCUGAUGGGGCUGAUUCUGGUUCUCGGUAGUCACUGGCGUUCGAACAGUUAGUAUGGAAUACAGUUUGAUAUAGUGGGCAAUGUAAUAUUGGGAAAUAGAUGCCAUAAGGGUGAUUGUACAUGGGUAAUAAGGUAUCCUAACAUAGUAAAAUGGAAUGAAUCUAUGGGUACAUAUUAAAACUCAUUAUUCCGUACUUCAUCCUCAAUCAAACAGCCUCUGCCACCACCACUUCUUCCAAGUCCCCUUAAAAUAGUGAUUAACACAAGCAUGAACACUCUGAAAGUUCUCCGCCCCGCUAUGUCUCUGCCCAUUCCCCCAAACAUGAACAGGCAAGAUACCUAUC